AUGAUGCAUGUGUUUUGUUUAUUUGCAGUUUGCAGUGGUGUCGCCGCCUGAUUGACCAUAAAAAAAGAACAAUUUGCGGUUUGGUAGUAAAAGAGGAAGAAGAAAGAAAGACUUUGUGGACUCUCUACUCCUAUAUAAUCAUUCCUCUCUUCACAACACAUAUGAACAGUGUUGAAUAUGGAAAACUCUAGAGAGAUGAGCAAGGAGGUGUUAGCACCACUUCUGAGAAAGUCUAGUGAACAAGAGAAUAACAAUGGAGCAGAGUCACCGGGGAAUACAUUCUGCCAAGAGUUGAAGAGGGUAAGCUCCAUGGCGGCUCCAAUGGUGGCUGUCACGGUAUCGCAGUAUCUUCUGCAAGUUGUGUCGCUCAUGAUGGUGGGACAUCUUGGGAUUCUUGUUUCCUUCUCUGGGGUUGCUAUUGCCACUUCUUUUGCUGAAGUUACCGGCUUCAGUGUCCUUUUGGGAAUGUCUGGGGCAUUGGAAACUUUAUGUGGUCAAACAUAUGGUGCGGAGGAGUAUAGAAAGUUUGGAAACUACACAUGGUGUGCGACCGUGACUCUGAUAUUGGUUUGUCUCCCCAUAUCUCUGGUGUGGAUAUUCACUGAUAAAAUACUCAUGUUGUUUAGUCAAGACCCUGAAAUUUCUCAUGCAGCUCGUGAGUACUGCAUAUACCUCAUUCCGGGUCUAUUUGGCCACGCUGUGCUUCAAGCCCUCACACGCUACUACCAGACUCAGAGUAUGAUCUUUCCCAUGGUUUUCAGCUCAAUUACAGCACUGUGUUUGCAUGUUCCUAUUUGUUGGGUUCUGGUCUUUAAGUUUGGCCUAGGACACGUUGGAGCUGCAUUAGCUAUUGGACUUUCAUAUUGGUUGAAUGUGGUUUGGCUUGCAAUUUAUAUGUACUACUCUCCAACUUGUCAAAAAACCAGGAUUGCGUUUUCUAGUAAUGCUUUACUUAGCAUUCCAGAGUUCUUGAAAUAUGCUAUCCCUUCUGGACUCAUGUUUUGUUUUGAAUGGUGGUCCUUCGAGGUGCUUACAUUACUUGCGGGGCUUUUGCCUAAUCCUCAACUUGAAACUGCGGUUCUUUCAGUGUGCCUUAACACAACUACAUUGCACUACUUUAUUCCUUACGCUGUUGGAGCUUCUGCAAGUACUCGGGUUUCAAAUGAACUAGGGGCAGGGAAUCCAAAGACAGCUAAAGGUGCUGUUCGUGUUGUGGUGAUUCUUGGGGUUGUGGAGGCAGUUAUUGUGAGCACUAUCUUCAUUAGUUGCCGACAAAUAUUAGGAUACGCGUAUAGCAAUGAUAUGGAAGUUGUGGAUUACGUUGCCAACAUGGCUCCCCUUCUUUGUGUGUCUGUUACUGCCGAUAGUCUCAUUGGAGCACUUUCCGGCAUUGCUAGAGGUGGAGGAUUUCAGCAAAUAGGGGCUUAUGUGAACUUGGGAGCCUAUUAUCUAAUUGGAAUUCCUAUGGGUUUGUAUUUGGGUUUUCAUCUGCAACUGAAAGCCAAGGGGCUUUGGAUGGGAACUCUAUCAGGGUCUGUUUCACAAGUAAUUAUUCUUGCUAUUGUAACAUCACUAACAGAUUGGCAGAAAGAGGCAACUAAAGCGAGGGAGAGACUGGUUGAGAACUCAAUUAAGACUCACAAUGCAGUCGCAUGAAGUUUAAGAAAAGUGAAGAAUAUUAAAUUGCUGACAGUACGGUGUCCUUUGUUUUGUUUUAUUUAUUGUGUCAUCGGCAGUGAAAAGAGAGAUAGUGUGUCAGGUUUCUUUAUGGCCAUGUUUUGCUUUUUAUCUUUUUCCUGCCGAUUCUGUGUUUGGUAGUGUUUUUUGGUUUACGGGUGUGUGAAGAAAUUCAAUUAUGUAAACGAAGACAAUUUGGUGUGAAUAUGUGUUUUUUGUACACUGGAUUUGUGCCUCUGGCGUAUGAUAAAUCAGAUGCCACAAGUUGAUGUAAUGAUUAAUAUGAAUAUGCUUCAGUAACAUGGAUUGCUCUAUCAUUUUCCUCUCA